UUGCUCUUUUGGUCGGCCUUUUUUGUUUUUGGUCUGAGACAAAUGGGAAGCGGCUUCCGUGGCGAUGAGCAGCAGACUGGCAGCGUUGGAGCUGCUGCAGUGGCGCCUGCCCACAACCACAACCACCACCCACCUGGAUCCAGCAGCACCAGCACCAACAGCAGCAGCAGCAGCACUAGCAGCACUGAGGCGGCGCGCGCUGCGGCAUCGAGCAACGGCGGUCCCAGCGAGUCUCCAUUGGCCACCUCACCAUCAUCAUCAUCGACGACGACAGCGACGAGUGCACCACAGCCGCUCCUUCCGUUUGAAGAUGUCCACGCCGCACUCGCCCAAGACGCCAUCUUGAGACCGUUCUUGCAGGACGACUUUGACACGGCGCGAUACGAAGCGGCCGUUGCCUCUGGGCUCGUCGCGGGCGCGUCGCUCGAGCGCCUCACUCAGACCAUUGAGCUGCUCGACCGCCAAGUCGAGCAUCAGGUCAUCUCGCAUCACUCGGACUUGCUUGCACAAGCGGUUGGCAUCACAAAGCUGGAAGAAAUUCUUGCCAUGCUCCGGAAUCGUAUCGAAUCGUUGCAGCAGCAUAUUGAGCGAGUUCGGAGUCGCGUUUCAGAGCCAUACCAGUUUCUUGUACAGCACACCGACCAGCUGGAACAUCUUCAGAAAUCCUGCGAUCUGCUACGGCACGUGGUCCGAUUCAUCCAACUGGCAAAGAAAUUGCGCAUUCAGUUUGAUGGAGGCAUGAAGGAAGUUGCCAAGGCUGCCCAGCUUCUGAAUGACCUGGACCUCGUCUUGGCGGGUGAGGAUUUGCGGGGAAUCGACGCAGUAGACUCUGAACUGGCAUGGAUUGGCAGUGUGCGGGUAGCUGUCGAUAAAGAAGGCUUCCUCCAACUGUCAGCAGGCCUGGAAACCCAAAAUCAAGCAGAUAUCGCGACAGCUCUCCAAGUCUUUCACAACCUCGGCCAACUUGCGGAGCGAGUCGAAACUUGCGUGUCAGGCCUGCACAAGAAUGUCGCGACCGCGCUCAAAAGCACGGUUCAUGUCGACAGUUUUGCCUCCGACCCUUCUCUGAGCUCUGGCGGGUCGUCGGCGUCGCUGCCCACCUCGCAUUCUUCCUCGACGCUAGGUGGAUUAGCCUCCGCCGUGCUUCCAGGCUCACUCAAAAGCAACACCCCAACCGCUGGUGCGUCUCCAGCUUGGCGAGCAAUCUUGUGGACGCGCUUGGACAAACUCUGUUCGACCAUCGUUUCUACCAUUUCGCAAGUGGCUCUGCUUCAGAAGGUAUUGACCAAGCGCCGCGAUCCCGUGACGCAUGCACUUUUAAUUGACGUGAUUCGGCCGUCCGACGGUCCGACCCUGAUCACAUCGUUUUGGAUCAAUGUCACGCAACUUCUCGUCGCAGAGUUUCAAUUGGCCGCCAAAAACUCUACGUUCGUCAAAAACACAUUGGAGAGCGAGUUUCCGAAACUCGUGCGCGUCGUUUCGGAGCUGUGGGAGUCGGUCUCUCCCCGGCUGACAAAUCUCACAAUGCCCUUGCCUGGAAAAAACAAGGACGGGCAACCAAACAACGCCCAAGAUCUGCUUUGGACGUGCUUAUUGCCAUUCGAGAACGCGUACUUGUCACGCAGCCUUUCCCGCAUGUUUGAUCCUGUCAAUUCGGCCUUCCCGAGUGGCUCUGUCACACCGCCGGGUCCAGACGAUAUUUCGAGCAUUCUGCGAACAAUCACCAGCGAGCUGCAAGCUGCAAACGCGGAUGGAUUCCUGGUGACUCUGGUUGGCCGGAAUGUCUCAAAAGCAAUCAAACUGCUGGCCGUCAAGUCAGAAACACUGUUUGCUACCGACCCUGAAGCCUCCCAGAUCAGUGGCCCGUGCACCUCCUCGCAGUCGCGCAACAUCACUUUGGUGAAUUUGCUCGAUCAGUUUCAGCGUGGAGUUCGGGCAAUGCCACUGCUUGCCAACGUUGCAGCCAAUCCAGCGAGCAGCUCGGCAUCUCUGGCGGCAGUUCAGAUUAUCCAAGAUGCUCUGAAGGAUGUGGGGAAACUGCUCGACAACAUUGUCGCGCCACUCUUCGAUGCCAUGUGCAUUCAUCUCGAGGCUCGUUUGCUCAAAAUGCAUGCCACAGAUUAUUCCAAAGCCGCCCCUCCGUCCGAUCGUGAUGCUCCAGCCGCCGAGUGCUCGCCAUUUGUGCACGAAUUCGCGGCCCUUGUGUCCCAUAUUUCGUCUGAAAUUCUUGCGCGAUUCAAGUGCGAAGAAGUCACCUCCGUCUUAGUGCAACGAGUGUGCUGUCGGGCAAUGACCCUGUUUGUGCGACAUGCAGCGCUUGUUCGCCCUCUGGGCGACGGUGGCAAGCUGCGUUUAACCGCAGACUUGGCACAGUUUGAAGUGGCCCUCGGACCCCUGCAAGUGCGCUGUGGAAUGCGACUGGCUGACAUGGGUCAGCCCUAUCGAGCAAUGCGAGCAUUCAGACCAAUCUUGUUCAUGGACGCGAGCCACAUUGCAAACGCAUCUGCUGUGGGCGAUGCUCUGUCGGUCUCGACUGCCUUGCAUCACCUGUUUUCGCGUGGUCCUGACGAAAUGCAGUCUCCUCAUGUCCGUGCUCAGAUGACGCCGCUCAAGUAUUCACAGUGGCUCGACACGCAUACAGAAGCAGAUGCGCUUGUCUUGAUUGGCGCCACCCUGGAGGCGUAUGCGCAGCGUGUGCGAGCCCGCGGUGACAAGCAGUUUGCACCAGUGUACCCCCUGAUGCUCGAUCUGCUUGCUCACCAGACGUGAUCAAUACAUCGUUGCCAAGCUUUGUCGGUGUUGGUGUUGAUGUUUUCAUUUAUUGUUUUCCGCAACAGAAUCUGUGCGAAUACUCUGAGUUCCACC